AUGGGUGCGGGAGCUACCCCCUGGUGCUUUGCCGGAAGCCCUUCAUCAAUCUCAAUAUAUGGAAAUUCUACGCGCAAAGGCUUCGGUCCAAUGUCCGAACAUCAAAACACUUCUGGAUAUCUGGCCGGAUUGUUCCCUACCGAGAAAGGGGACACCCGCCCGCUUCGGAUGAGUUCUUUUUUUUGUGCUUUUCGGUAUGCCAGUGAGAGAUCUGUUUCGAUGGCCUCCGAUCACUGUCAAAGCCGGGAGGCAAGCAAGCCACUGAUCAUUAACUUAAGAGAAACUUGUUCCAUUUUGGCACUUAUGGGAAGAAGAUUGACGCAAAAUAGUGGAGACGGGACCUCUUCAAGAAGGCGCUCACGUACCAGACAUCGUAUAUCUGUCAGAGGACCACUCGUGACGCUUAGCUCCCUUUCUACAGUUUCGCUUUUGGCUUUCAUUCAAUCCAAGGUUUACAUAUCCAAUAGCUUUCGCCUGCAUAUCUUCUCCAACGCGCUUUCAACCCUUGCAGAAGGAAGAUUGCGACAACCACCAAUCCCUUUCGAUGAUCGAAGCAGGUCGAAUGGCGGGCACUUCUCCAACUUUCCUCGGAUUUCACAUGAUGAGCUCACCGAAGGUAGGGCCCCGGCCGGAAACAUCUCUGAGUUCCCGAUAUCGGAAAUUCUUAUUAUUCGAUCCCCCAAAAGAGCUAUGUUGGACGGUCUAUUAAGAAAAAGACAUUAUCUGAACUGGAUUCAAGGGGUCAGUCAUCCGGAUUCAUUUCUUGUCGCAAAUAUUCACCAGAUCCGAAAUCAACAAGGGAAGUCUAUCAACCAUUCCUGCCCGGAUGAAUCACGCGCUAGUUCUUCCCUUCCCGCUAAGGCUGAAUUCACUACGGCCGAAGCGAACGACCGGUCAAACAUAUUCUGGGGAUCUGACCCAAGCAUAGCUAUAAAAGAUGGGAAAUAA